AUGGGGUUGUGGGACGGGAAGACUGGGAACAAGUUAUGGGAGAGAAUCACGGACACCUACAUGUGGAUCGGGUGCAUGGCGUGGGCUGGAAACGACACGAAGAUCGCGCUUGGCAGUUGGAGUAACGACGGCAGGGUCGUGCUGUUAAGCGCCAGAACGGGAGAGGCGAUCAGGGUGGCAUGUGGGCAUACAGAUGGCGGGGUCGUGCUGCGGGGCGCCAAAACAGGAGAGACGAUGGGCGAUGCCCCCGAACGUGUCCCAGAUUCGGUCGGCCUGAAAUGGGCUGCGGACCGCGGUCUGCUUGAGUGGUAUUCAGACGAAUUUGCAGACGAAGUUCACAUAGAUUGGUUCAACUUUGUGAAGCGGCCCUGGAGAGAAGGUGAAGAAGGUGUGCUGGCUUCGUUCUCUGUUGAGCGGGCUCCGUUCUCUGUUGGGCGGCCUCUGUUCCCUUAUGAUGGUCCUUCUUUUGUUUCGGUGAAGUGGUCUCCAGAUGACAAGUGGAUCGCGUCAACUAGAUAUGUUGAAAUUGAUGAAAAUGGGAAACCAAGCAGAGUCGGAGUUAUGAUCUGGAAUUGGGAGACAGGUGUAACAUAUCGGUACCAGUGCCAAUAUUAUAUGUUUAUGGUACCACCCCAUGCGCUGGAAUGGUCUGACGACGGGCGACGCGUAGCCUUUGGAAUUGGAAGAGAGCUUGCGAUAUGGGAUAUUGAGACAGGGGUGAUGUUAAAGUAUAGCACAAACAGAAACAGGGUGAUAUUAAGGACAAACAGAAACAGUGAACCUCCAACGCAUAUUGCUUGGUUCCGGGACGGGUCGCGAAUAGCGACGGUGGAUGGAGGAACGUUACGAAUCCUGUCCGUGACGAGUCAAAGCGCUGUCUGCGAAAAGCAAUACGAUGAUGUUGGGUAUCUCAAAGAGAGCGAUCUGCGCCAGUUCAUCGAUACGAAUGAGGGCAAACUCACGGCGGCGGAUCUAGAGAGGAAACUGGAGAGGAAACUGAGGAUUCGGCAAAAGCAAGAUGAAGAUGGAGUGUUCUACAAGACAGGAGAUGACGAAAUCCGCCUAGCAACCGUUGCGGGACGUCGUUGGUACUGUUCUACUUCAGGUCGGCACAUUGCGAUCCAGGUAAAAGUUCGUUCUUAUGCAAGACUGCACUUUUACGAGCUCUUGGAGUAGUGUGAUUGUGAGUGUGUGAAUAACCACUGGGCAAAAGGGGAUGUCCUGGCCAGGACAGGAGGGGUUGUACCCACGGUAUAUGUAGUAAGGGAUGAUGUAACAGGAGAAAUUUGUAUGUAUUUGAAGUUGUUUCUAGUUACCUGACGCCUCGAUGCCCCUCUCCGCAAAAAAAGUAGCCGGCACAUCUUUUCUAUGUGUCGCGCGCAGUUGCG